GAGAUUUAUCAAUUGUGAACACACCUUAGAAUAUCAAAGAUUCUCUAACAAUUAUGCAAAACCAAACAAAUAAAAUCUCGAGUGACUGACUUACCAACUUCAGCCAAUACACCAGGCUCCACUUUCCUUUUUUCGUUAAAUAAUUUUUUUCAUCAGAUCUUCUGCCUUUUCCUUUUCCUCCCUUUAUAAAACCCCUCAAAAAAUUCACAUUUUACUCCGUAUAAUUAUUCAUUUCACUCAGUCACUUCUCUCUCAAAAAAAGAGAGAAAUCGAAAUGGCUUUUACAGCAACCUCAGUAUCCCAAAAAACGGCACUCUUAGACCAACACAAAGAGAAGCAUUUCACCGCUGGAGAAGUUGUGCGUGACAUUAUCAUUGGUGUGUCCGAUGGCCUUACUGUCCCUUUCGCCCUCGCCGCCGGCUUGUCCGGGGCUAAUGCUUCCUCCUCUAUUGUCCUCACUGCCGGCAUCGCUGAAGUCGCUGCCGGCGCCAUCUCCAUGGGCCUUGGCGGGUAUUUGGCGGCGAAGAGCGAGGCAGAUCAUUAUGCAAUGGAAUUGAAGAGAGAACAAGACGAGAUAAUAUCAGUGCCUGAUACAGAGGCUGCUGAGGUAGCAGAGAUAUUGGCGCAGUAUGGAAUAGAGCCACAUGAGUAUGCUCCUGUUGUAAAUGCUCUUAGAAGAAAGCCUCAAGCUUGGCUUGACUUUAUGAUGAAAUUUGAGCUAGGUUUGGAGAAGCCAGACCCAAGAAGAGCCCUACAAAGUGCAUUUACAAUCGGCAUAGCCUACAUAAUUGGUGGUUUAGUCCCCCUUUUUCCUUACAUGUUCAUCCCUGUGGCAAUGAAAGCUAUGGUUGCAUCCAUUAUUGUAACCUUAAUCGCGCUGUUUAUCUUUGGUUACGCAAAAGGCCACUUCACUGGCAGUAAACCGAUCAAGAGUGCUCUUCAAACUGCGCUGAUUGGAGCUCUUGCUUCUGCUGCUGCAUAUGGCAUGGCUAAGGUUGUUCAAGGAUAGCACAUAUGCAAAUUUGCAAACCCUUUUUAAUAGGAUUUUGGAUUUUGUUCUAGUGUUUUGAUGUUUGGUAACGAGAUUUUGAGUUUUAGUUUCCUUUUUAUUGUGCUUUUGUUUUAGAUUAGUCUUUAAGCAAAAUUCUUUGAGUUUGAUUCCAAAUAACUGCAUUGGUAUA